CUAUUAAUAAGUCAGCGCAUGUGCAAAAAAUCGACUAGUGUAUCCACCAUUCAUACAAGUCAAUUUCGUUGGUUCUGUGUGUUGAGCCUACCAAAGGAACAUGGUGAUAGUGAUAUGAAACAAGUCGAUUAGCGAUACCACGCUCUACACAUAUAUACUUUCCCGAACUAACGAUGACAUUUGGUCACGAUCUCCCCACGUAAAACUUAAGAAAUUGUUAUUCGACUGAUCAGUUAAAAGAUACUGAUCAAAUUAUAUCCAAGGAAGCAAAUUGAUCGAGCUGACUCAGCAGACACUUAAUCACAGAGUAUUUAUACAGAAGCAAAACUUCUGUCGGAAUCUUUUGAUGUUUGAGACCCCAGGAUUUGGGGACCUUGAGAUACUACUUAGAGGCGGUGUUGCCGGUUCUUUGCAAAAGUAUCGAUAUCGCAAGAUUCUCUGGAGCCACGUUCAUGGUGAUACUACUUCGAGACGCAUGCGCACUGGAAAUCGGGACCUGAAAAAGGGCGAAGUUUCGCCUCUGUAAGAGUGCUCUGUGACUUAAUAAAUACUAUGGGGGCACUUUUGGAUACUCCGAAAACAGACAAAUAUAAUGAGCAUGGCGAGAGUAAUGGACUGCGCUAUGGUGUUGCCAGCAUGCAAGGUUGGAGAACCGAGAUGGAGGAUGCUCACAGAGCGAUAACUGGUUUAAAUGGUGGUCUCGCGGACUGGAGUUAUUUCGCAGUAUUUGAUGGUCAUGCCGGUGCACUGGUAUCUGCUCAUAGUGCAGAACACUUAUUAGAAUGUAUAAUGCAAACAGAAGAAUUCAAAGCAGAGGAUGUUAUCAAAGGGAUUCACUCCGGCUUUCUCAGACUUGACGAUGAAAUGAGAGAUUUACCAGAAAUGAGUUCCGGCACAGACAAAUCUGGCUCCACAGCUGUUUGUGCAUUCAUAUCUCCCAGAAAUAUAUAUAUUGCUAAUUGUGGCGAUUCUCGAGCUGUACUCUGUAGAGCAGGUGGUCCGGUUUUCUCAACACGGGACCAUAAACCAGUUUUGCCCGCUGAGAAAGAAAGAAUUCAAAAUGCUGGUGGUAGUGUAAUGAUACAGAGAGUUAACGGAGCCUUAGCUGUUUCUCGUGCAUUGGGAGAUUAUGAGUACAAAAAUUUGAAAGAUCGAGGUCCCUGUGAACAGUUAGUGUCUCCAGAACCAGAAAUAUUUGUGCGAGAUAGGGACGAUGAACACGAUGAAUUUCUAGUUUUAGCAUGUGAUGGUAUUUGGGAUGUAAUGAACAACGAAGAUCUAUGUGAUUUUAUACAUUCAAGGCUGCUGCUUACAGACGACUUAGAAGCAGUUACAAACCAAGUUAUAGACACCUGUCUUUACAAGGGUAGCAGAGAUAACAUGAGCAUAGUUUUGGUAACGUUUCCUGCUGCUCCAAAGCCAAGCCCAGAAGCACAGAAAAAGGAAGCCGAGUUGGAAACGGCCAUUGAAAGGAGAAUUAAAGAAAUAGUUGCUGCCCAAGAGGAUAAAAAUGAAUUUGAUUUUCUGAAACUGUUACAACUUCUUGUGGACCAAGAAUUUCCUAAUCUGCCUCCUGGUGGUGGUCUUUCAGCAAAGCAACCUUUCAUUGAACAAGUGUUUCGAGAAGUAUGUCCCAGCCAAGCGCAUAGUAAAUCACAAGCCAGUUAGUGUACACAAUAUGUAUACUAUUUGAUACAUGUAGUACAUACUAAACUGGCCGAUCCAAAAGUCAUGAAAGUGAGAUACCGACCAACAAGAACUACAGAGGAGUGCUACAUGAACAGAGACUAUGUGGAAUGGUAAUUGAAUGAUGUUGCAGGCAUAUUUCAUUUCUCGUUAAGCAAUUCUGAAAAUCAUAUUGCAUCAUAAUAUUAAAUUUAAAAACAAAAUUUAUUGUACAAAGCAUCUUAUUUCUAAGUGAGGGUAAAAAAUCUGAUCAAGUUCUCUAUAGCAAUAUAUUAUAGGUUUUUA